CCAAAACAUAAAUAAAGGGUAAAAUGGUCCAUCCAAAGUUCCUUCUUUCUCUUUGCUUGUUCACCAGUCUCCUAGUAGCAGGAACCACCAUGGCUAAAACUGAGUUGCUUUAUGCCGUCUGUUCAAGUGGAGAAAAUUACACAAGAACCAGUUCGUUUCGAACAAAUCUCGAAACUGCCCUUUCGAUCAAAACCACCCAAAUCAACUAUGGGUUCUACAACUUUUCCGGUCGUCCGAAUUCCGACAGAGUUGAUGUGAUCGGACUUUGUAGAGGAGAUAUUAAUUCCACAAGUUGUCGUUCAUGUCUUCACGAUUCCGGCGAGAAUCUCCGGCAGCAAUGUCCGAAUCAGAAAGAGGCGAUUGCGUGGGCAGAUGAGUGUAUGAUCAGAUAUUCUAAUCGCUCGAUUUUACAUAUGAACCAGACUUUGCCGGCGAUCUUCUUGUUCAACGCCAAGAAUGCUUCUGAUCCAACUCGUUUUAACAAGGCAGUGAGGGGUUUGUUGGACAACCUACGAGCCAAAGCAGCUGCGGGUGGUUCGAAGCUCAAGUAUGCGACCGGACACACGAACUCAACCAAGUCAUCCGAAAACAUAUUCGGAUUGGUUCAGUGCACACCGGACUUGUCAAUGGCGCAAUGCAGUGACUGCUUAAAUGAGACGUUCAAAUUUCUUCCACAAUGUUGUGACGGGAAGAUCGGCGGCAGGGUUCUCGGACCAAGCUGUAAUUUCCGGUACGAAAUUAACCGUUUCUACGGCCAAACUACUCUGCCAUAUGCACCUGCACCUGCACCAGCACCAGAAGCACCAGACGCACCUGCACCGGAACCAGACGCACCUGCACCUGCACCUGCA